AAGAAGAAUCACGUGACGCGCCGCUGUCUUUACGUCACAUUCGUCGGUCACUCUGGAUAAUUCCACAUGAGCGAAAAAUGGCGUUCACAUUCGCGGCCUUUUGUUAUAUGCUGGCGCUACUGCUGACGGCGGCCCUUAUUUUCUUCGCUAUUUGGCACAUAAUCGCAUUUGAUGAGCUGAAGACGGAUUAUAAGAAUCCUAUAGACCAGUGUAACACAUUGAACCCGCUCGUAUUGCCGGAGUACCUCAUCCAUGUGUUCUUCUGUGUGAUGUUCCUGUGCGCUGCAGAAUGGCUGACGCUUGGACUCAACAUGCCCCUGUUGGCCUAUCACGUUUGGAGGUAUACGAGCCGUCCUGUGAUGAGUGGACCUGGAUUGUAUGAUCCCACAACUAUAAUGAAUGCAGAUAUUUUGGCAUACUGUCAGAAGGAGGGUUGGUGCAAACUUGCGUUUUACCUCCUCUCAUUCUUCUACUAUCUUUAUGGGAUGAUUUAUGUAUUGGUGAGCUCCUAAUCUGGAUUCAGCUGCUUUGACGGUGUGUAUGGAGGAGCUUGCUCUGAUUUUAAAACACAAAUGGAGCUGAAGUUGGACUUUCUUAUUUCUGCUCGGCUGUUUGACAUGAACAACUUUAUUUACUUAUCAGCCAAGAGCAAUUCAGGAUAACUCCAGAACCGCACACAAUAAUAAUCAACCUGUUUAGACACUAUACAUACAUACCGCACCAAUGCCGAAGCACUUUACACACUGAAAGCAUCAGUACAUGAGACAGUUUACACGGAGGUAAUUGUGUGUGAAGCAGUGGCACAAGGGCUUAAAAACUAAAACAUGAGCUAUGUGCAAAGAUGCUUUAUGCUUAUAGACUGUGGGGCAAAAUAAAGAUCUUGAUGGUAGCAUUUUUAUAGAAUUCAAAGUUAUUUUAUCUUAAAUAUAUUAUUGCCUUGGAGCUCAGUCGGUCCUUAAAUUUGUCCUUCAGCAUUGGCGGUUCAUCAUCCCAUUUGCAUUUUUUUUGAGGUUAUCCUGGUGGUCUGCUUCAUAUUUAUGGUUCUCCAUUUUAGUGUUAACCAUCAAUAACAUGCAUGCAAACUGACGCUUUCAGUGUGCAGAAGGCUUUAAUGUGUGCGUUGCUUGAAAAUACUCCAUGUAAUUGCUUUUAGAUUUAUUUCCUUUGUGUGGAUUUUGUAUUUUGGUGUGGAAUUGUUGUUUUCUCAAUGUGUUUUGUUUACUUCAGUUAAGUAUGGACAGUACUGUCUGUAGAAUAGGUUGGUUGAAAGUAGGCAUGAUCCAGCAGUAAUUACAGCCAAAUAGAGAAGCAUCAGGCUCUGGGUCUCCUAUGAUUUACUUGCAUUCAAAGCAAAGCUAUGUGGAAAUAUCUUUUACCACACUUGACAGUCAGUGCUGUUGGUACUUGCCAAACUGGACCAUCAAAGUGACAUUUAGAAAAACUAUUUUUAAAUUUCACAUGUCAGUUUUCCUUGCUUGGUUGUCUUAAACGUGUGAUUGCAGCCUAGUAUGUAUGUUUGAAAGGUAUAAUGUCUUGCAAGGACUGUAGCAAGUUUGAUUUUUGCUUGUAAUAUUGUUUUAAAGUUUGAAUAAAGUCCCUAUUGUCAGA